CAGACAGACAGACAGGAAGAGAGAAGAGGAGGAGGAGGAUGCUGCUGCUGUCGCUUGUGUGCUGCUGGUAACCCUUCACCUACAUCAUCCUUUUGUGCACACGGUGGUCGCGCGGUGGGCUCGUGUCUCGUGCCCAGCUGUCAACCCCCGGCAUUGGUCCGAUCAGCGCGCGCACGUAGACGCCACUCCGACCAACCCCCUUCGCUCCUCGGCUGCUUCUCCCCGGUGUAGACAGGCAUCGAGCCGGCGAGGAGGGGGAGGAGGACGCACCGGCCAGCUUUUGAGCCAACCAGCCCGCCAGCCCAGGACCACCGGAUCUGGAGCAGUGUUGAGUGCUGAGUGAGUCCCUUUUACUGUGUGCGGUGGCACCAUGGCAGCUAUGGGACCAGAGGAGAGAGGACAGCCCACCACCACAACCCCUAACAUGCAGGCAUGUGAACAGAAAAAGAGGGGACUCAACAAGACUUUAAACUGGACCAACCUGUCACUGGGACCCACCAUGCAAUUCAACAACAACACAUCCUGCAGUUUCCGCAGCCCUGAGUCAGUGGAGAUGGACGAGAUCAUGGCUGCUAUGGUCCUGACCAGUCUGUCCUGCAGUCCAGUGGUGCAGAGUCCUCCCCAGACCGACCAAGCACCAGCCGUGUCCUCCUCGUCCAUGGACAUGGAGUGUGGUGGGGGUGAGCUGUCGGACAGUGGCAGCAGCGGAUACUGGAGCUGGGACCAUGGCAACGUGAGCCCCGCCCCCUCGCCGUCCGUAACUGAGGCCGACAGCAGUCCUGACGAGGGGCUACCCAUGGAGAUGGAACAGUCAGACGAGCUCAACGCCAAAAGACCAAAAAGCUCGUUCAGAGGCGUCUACAAGUGUCUGUGGCCUAACUGUGGCAAAGUGCUGACUUCCUCUGUGGGGAUCAAGAGACACAUCCGGGUGCUGCAUUUGGGUGGCUCGGAGCAGUCCCACAGAGAGGAGGACUUCUACUACACCAAGAUCUCCUGUGAGGCUGUGGACACCUCUGCCACUCAGUCCCCGUCACCUCAACAACAGCAGCAGGUGGGGGGGCAGACCUCUGUCCUUGGAUGGGCACCCUCUUGUGGUUCUUCCGGGGGUACGGAACUUCAGAUACCUCCUGCACACAGACCCAGGUCCAACUCCAGCUCCGGACCGGGGCACAGCAAACCCAGCACCCUCAGCCAGUCGGCCCCCAGCAGUUUCUGGCAAAUCCACUCCGAACAUCUCUACCAGGCGUGCAGUCCCAUCCAGGUGUCUGUGGCCCCCAGGAGCCCCACUGCUCAGCCAUGGGCCCCCUCUGCUGCCCCUGGACACAGCAACACUCCGAUGGUGAAGCCGCGCUGCCGCUCCGUCAGCGUGGGGGAACAGUGGCUCCAGCAGAACAGACUCCAGCCUGUGAGCGCCUCCCCAUCCCGCACUCACUGCUCCUUCAGGAAGGGACGCAGCGAGGCCAAAAAGUGUCGUAAAGUGUACGGAGUGGAGCGCAAGGACCAGUGGUGCACGGCCUGUCGCUGGAAGAAGGCCUGCCAACGUUUCCCCGACUAGAAACAUCCACGUUUAAAACCAGAGGUGCGAAAUACGAAUGGACCACCCAAAACAGAGACUUCUAUAUUAAAAAACUGUUCUUCUUCUACGUGUUUUUUACUUUUAUCUGCUUUGUCUCUUUCCCGACGGAAUGCAAAUAUGGAGUUUUUUGUGUAUCCUGUCGACCCUUUUUUCGAACACGGUCUGCGAUGGUGCUAACUGUUGAAUGACUUUGACCACGUGAUGUGCUAAGCCUCCAGUACUCUCCUGUUUUUAUCCAAAGCUCAGAUAUUAUCUCCCUGGUACGGUGGCCCUGAAGGGACAAAGCAUAAGCAAAUGAUAAAAAAUAAUUAAUCCUUUUUGGAUCAUUUCUGUUAGUGUGGGUAUAGCUAGAGACAAUCGCGGUAACU